CAGCAGCUGGAGAAGAGCUGGCUCGUUAGUUGCCGCCAGCGGGAUUACUCCAUGCUUGUGGCUGAAGAAGACGAUCGCACUCGCCCUGACGUAACUCAGCAGCCAGAUCCACGUUUCCCGUUCCCUGUUCGCCUCAGGGAAUGGAACGGGCCUCGUCCUGUUCUCCUCUUUUUCUUUUGUCCCUUGGUCUUCCGCAAGAUCACGAUCACAGUCCUCAUGCCGCUGCUCAAGUGCUCACCUAAGCACCUGCUCUUGACUGCUUUGACCCGUCCGGCAGCCAGCAGCCAGGACAGCAGCAAGUUAAACGAGCAGGGGGUUGCGGCCAAAGGAAAGUUAUAUGCAAAGCAUGAAGAACGCAAAGAACAAACCUUCUUCUGCUUCUGUUUCUUCUUCUUCUUCUUUGCUCGCCUCUUGCCUUCCUUUGCUUCCACGGUGUUCCCGGACGACCCGUUCCCUCCUCGCCGUAGGGGGGGCGGCGUGUAA